AUGCAAUACAGUUACAUUUUCAAACAGAUUUUAUCCUCUCAAGAUAUAAUAUUGGGUAUCAAGAGGUCCCCCCCGACACUGUUCUCGCGCCCUCAUCUCGUCCUGAAGACGAACACAGCCAGACUGUGUCGCGCUCUAACGAGGCCUCGCCUCUACAAAAUACCCACUAUUGCCCUUCAUUCGAGGGCGUACGGGACAACAUCUCCAGAGGACUUUUGGCGAAAAGUGCCUGUAUACGAACAUGUAACCGCUAAAGACUUCCUCUCUCAUCGAUGGACGAAAAAAAACAUUGUCUCGGGAAAAGAGAGCCUUUUGGAAUUUCUAAAGACUGUCAUACCAGGCGAAAUCCCAUAUGACAAACAGGGCUCUAGAGAACAGAGCAAGGAAGACCUAUUGAAGGAUGUGGCUGAGGGUAUUGAAGCCGCGGCGAUGGCUAUUCGUAUCACGCCAUAUAUGCUCAGCCGUAUCAACUGGCAGGAUCCUCGAAGCGAUCCAAUCUUCCGACAAUUCAUUCCUCUAAAGUCCAUCAUGCUCCCCGACCACCCCACGUUGGCGUUCGACUCGUUGAACGAGAUGGCCGACUCUCCGGUGUCAGGUCUGGCGCACAGAUAUCCAGAUAAGGAACAACGGCUGACUCCAGGAUUUCUGUACACAGCCAUCUCCGAGUGCCCAACCAACUGCGCCGAUUGCACGCGCUACAUUUCAGUCGGCGAAAGCACCAGCUGCGUGACCAAGAUCAAAAUCAAGCCUAGCCGGACCCGCUGGGACGCAGCCCUCGCUUACGUCGCGGCCACGCCCCAGCUCCACGACGUUGUCAUCUCGGGCGGCGACACGUACUACCUGCACCCAGAGCACAUUCAAUCUAUCGGCAACGCGCUCAUCAAGAUGCCGCACAUCCGACGGUUUUCGGAGGACGAGUGGGCCAGCGCCCUGAUGCAGGUCGCGGCGGAUGCGAAACAGGCGGGGAAGUCGGUGGCGCUGCACACGCACUUUAACCACCCCGAGGAGAUCUCGUGGGUGACGGAGGCGGCGGCGCAGAGGCUGUUCGAGUCGGACCUGGUGGUGCGGAAUCAGAGCGUGCUGCUGAGGGGGAUCAAUGAUGAUGUCGAGACCAUGUCGACGCUGAUCAGGAGGCUGGCGGAUAACAAUAACAAUCCUUUUGUGGUCGACCUUCCCGGCGGCGGGGGCAAGAGGCUCGGGUGCUCGUACGAGUCAUAUGACCGCGAGACGGGCAUCUCGCGGUUUGUGGCGCCUGCUGUCACGGCGGAGGGCGCCGGCGGGAGGGGGAGGAGGAAGCCCGAGGUGUUUGAGUAUUAUGAUCCUAUCGAUAGUACUGGUCUCAGCAGCACUGGGUUUGGUGGACGAGUGUAG